AAGAUGUGAUGGAAGCCUCAAUAGAACAAACUGAUAACACUGAAGAAAUGCUCAGUUCGAAAUGUCACAAAUCCUUUCGGUCUAAUCGGUCGAUAUCGCAUCAUAUACAAAAUAAACAUAAAAAGAAGGAGUAUGAGUGUGAUCAGUGUGGAAAAUGUUUCAGUUCGUACAAAUCGAGAUGGCAUCAUGUACAAAGUAAACAUAAAAAGAAGGAGUAUGUGUGUGAUAAGUGCGGAAAAUGUUUCAAUUCGUACCACUCGAGAUGGAAUCAUGUACAACGUGAACAUAAAAAGAAGAAGUAUGUGUGUGAUGAGUGCAGAAAAUGUUUCAAUUCGUACAACUCGAGAUG